AGCAGCGACCCUGAGGAGAUCCGUCGCCAAGUCGAGUUCUACUUCUCCGACUCCAACCUUCCCACCGACAACUACCUCCUCAAGCAGACUGGCGGCCACAAGAACCUCCCUGUCGAUCUCAAGGUCAUUCACAACUUCAAGCGCAUGCGCCACUUCCAGCCCUACUCCGCUGUCCUCGAGGCUUGCAAGGCUAGUGCUCUGAUCAACGUUACUGACGAUGGCCAAAUCACCCGCAAGGAGCCCAUCAGCGACAAGUUCAGCGAUAACGUCGACGAGAACCGCAAGAUGCUCGAGAACCAGACCAUGGCCCGCAGCAUCUAUGCCAAGGGCUUCGGCGAGGAGAAGCCCACCAGCCAGACCGACAUCGAGGAGUUCUUCAGCGUUUACGGUACUUUCAACGCAGUUCGCCUACGCAGACACCAAAACGGUGACUUCAAGGGCAGCGUUUUUGUCGAGUUCUCGGACGAGAAGACUGCCGAGGACUUCCUCAAGCUUGACCCUAAGCCUGCAUUCCAGGGUCAGGAGCUGAACAUCAAGAGCAAGCAAGCUUACGUGGAUGAGAAGCUCGAGGGCAUCAAGAACGGCACCAUCACCCCCAACGACAACUGGAAGGAGAGAAGAGCCAACGACCAGCGCGGUGACCGCAACGGCCGUGGAAACGGAAGAGGUCGUGGCGGUCGUGGUGGACGCGGUGGAAGA